AUGAAGACAACGCUCAUCCGGGCGGAAGCCGACGCUCUCCUCACGCCCGGUCCUAAGACGGCGGGGAAGAUCGACAAGGCCCUGGACCUCCUCCGCCGAGCCCGGGAGAUAGUAACCGAGCUCGGCCGCUGGCUUGAGAACUGCCACCCGACCUGGCCAAAGUUUGUCUCAGGGUGGGCCAAGGAGGUCUCCGACGACAGGCUCGACAAGGCCGCCACCUUCCCCGGGCCCUUGUAUACGUUUCCCAACGUCUGGGUGGCAGGGAAGCACCUCAACACCAAUGCCUCGAGGAUUCUGCUCGCCGGGAUCAUCGUCCGCUGUGUGCGGUGGAUAUGCGCGCCAUCCGACCACACCAAGACCGACGACUAUACCGAUGCCAUGCGCAUCGGCUACGAGGAGGUCACCAACGUGAUCGCCAGCGUGCCGUACUUUGUCACCUGGCAGGGUGACCGCACGACCACUCCAUUUUUCCCGUGCGGCGCACCAACCAGUCCCAAGGCAUAUAGCGGCGUGACAGCCUUGUACCCGCUGCUCUGCACUGGGCUGAGCGAGUUCGUGACGCCGAGGCAGAAGAAGUGGCUUUGCGGCCGGUUGAUGGGCAUGUCGGAAGCUAUGGGGAUCAAACAGGCCGAGGUCUUCUCCAAGUUCAUAUCCAACCAGGCCCCCACAGUGGCCGCUUGA